UGAAUAUAACUAAUAAUCCAGCUAACAAACCAAUACAGAGACUUAACAAAAUGAACAGCGCAUUUACUUUUACUGAUGAGGACUAAAGAGUACUGAACUUUGGUCUGAGAUGUCCCUCCGUUGGAGAAAGAGGAUGUUUGGACACAUUAUGGGAACAAUAUGUUGUCAGAUUAAUCUUUGAGCAAGAAUGUUUUCCAAACUUUAACAAACUGGAGACGUUUUUCACACCGGGCCCCAGAAAAUCCUCCUAGGUCCUUAAACCACAAACAUGGAAAUUGGCAUAAAAAGUAUAUCAAAACAUAAGAAUUCAUUAUCAUUUAUAGAAAAGGGUCAAAUGCCGCAUUAUUUAGGGCCGUUACCAGUUAAAAAAAUAGUUUUAAAAUGGGAUCAUAUUGAAUUCUGAUGUCAAUUUAAAAAUCUGUGUGGCUAAAGAUUGAAAUUAGUGUGCAUUGAAUUAUGUGACGACCUUUUUAUAAAAGGAGAAAAAUACCGUCAAUACUUCAUGUGAUGUCGUAAACUGUUCUUGGCUAAGAGGUCUCAGAUUACUGACCACAAGAGAGGACAAAGAUAUUUUCCUGAUUGCAGACGAAGAUUUUGUGGAAAAUAAAUUUACACUUACAUUUUCUCUCACCAGUGUAGUAAAAAAAAAAAUGUCUUUAAUUCAAGGUCUUUGUGGCCAGGACAUUUUAUACUGGAUGCAUUUCAGGACAUUUUUUGGAUGCUCUCUUAGGUCCCUCCAACUGCAGCAUCCGUCAUUGUGGUAAAAACGCCCAUCUUACAUUUCUUGCCAAUCACACAAUAGUUUGAGUCUGACACUACAUAAGAAAAUGUCUUUGCAGUGGACCAGGUCUCAUUGCGAUAAAACCGUGUAGUUGAGAUAAUGGAGCGAGUGGCCUAGGAAACCACAACAAACACCUAAAAGAUCAUGGACUACCAGCAGUAACUUGUGCAUUAGGUAACAGGAACAAAAGUACUUGCAGGUGAUGAACAAAGGUAUAAUGUCAAGUAGGCCUUCUACGGUUGCUUUGUCUAAUAUGUCCCAAGUUUAUUGAUUCUGUCACUGCGAAACAAUUGGAAACUGAACAAGAAACUUUUAAUGAAGUGUGGCAGCAGAGCGUGUAAUCAGGAGUCUUUAAACAGUCUCAGAAGCUUAUUAAAACAAAGGGCACUAUUCAUCUGAUCAUGGCUGAUAUUUAAUAUGACCUUAAUAUGAAGAAGGUCCUGGAUUCAAAUCCUGGCAUGUGGUUUUUCUACCUGGAGUUAGCAUGUUCUCCAUGUGCAUGCACCCUCCCUCUCACCUGCCAGAAAUCGAUCAUGGUUGGAUUUUGGACAGUUACAGGUUGAUAUCAUGUGGUCCUUAAAAUAAGAGACGGAUGAUUAUGAUCUUAAAUGAUUGUUCUUCAUCUUUUACUUUUACCUUAAACAUAUCUUGUAAAUACAGUUUCACUAUCAUGUUUAAGACAUAUUAAGGAAGAAUGUAAAAUUAAACUGCAUUUAAAAAAAAAUAAGAAACACAUAAUUAAUGUUGUUAAACAUAAUACAGUGUUUUGUUGGCUUUUCUUUUAUGUUUUUUAAUGCAACAACACCACUGAAAACGAUGUCACAAACUGGGGGGAAUUACACUGAUGGACUAAAUCCAUCGAUGUAAUCACUGACAAGAGCUAACCUGAUCAUAAACAAAAGACCGUGAUGUAGUUUUAAACUUUCUUUAUUGAUUUUAGAACAAAAAUAUUUGUAAAUCUCAGUUUCAAUGAGUAAGUCAUAAAUUCUUUUAAUAGAUAAUUCAUUGCUUGAAACGUAGACAGAGACUCUAAUGAUUUGUAUUUUGAACUUCUGCUCAACUCCGAUGCUCUUACAUGAUUAUUGGCUCAUUACCUGAGUCUUCAAGGCCAGAUCCUGCCCACUGCCUGAACCUCAGCCAAUUAUUUAUCACCAAAUGACAUAAAAACGGAGGUGUGGAAGAAGAGAACGGAGCAGAGAUCACUCAUUCAUCUCCACAGCUUCACGUACACACCGAUAUGGGAAAGCCAGUCACCUACGAGGAACUCAAGGCUCUUCUGGCCAACAGCAAAGAUCUGAUUCUGAUUGAUGUCCGUGAGAAAGACGAGGUGGAUAAAGGGCGUAUCCCCAGAUCCAUUCACAUUGCCCUUGGGACCGUCGAGGCUGCUUUCAAAAUGAACCCAGAAGCCUUCCAGGCCACGUAUGGGAUCCCCAAACCUGCACUGGACGCUCCUGAGCUGGUGUUUUACUGCCGAUCAGGAAAGAGAUCAGCAGAGGCCAUAAGCAAAGUCAACAAACUCGGAUAUGUGAGAGUACGUAAUUACGCCGGCUCCUACAUUGAAUGGUGUAGUAGGGAGGGAUGAAGACCCAUGUUGAAGAAGAGCCUACAUGUAUAUAAUUAUAUAAACUGUAAAAAUCUUCACGGAAAAAAACCUUUUAUCUAAACUUCUAUGUAACUUACAAAUUAAAUACGCUUUGCUUUCUAUUCCUAAAAGUGUUUUUUGGGGGCGCGGCGCUGAUGGUGAAGGGGUUAAAGCGUGCGACCAUAUGCGGAGGCUGUGGUCCUUGGGGCGGCCGUCCCGGGUUCGAGUCCCGGACCCGGCGACAUUAGCCACAUUUGUUUAUUUUUUGUUUUCUCUCUUCUCUUUUUUAUAUGUCGUGUUGUUGUUUUCUUGUGGACCAUGAGUCUGUUGAAUAAAGUAAUCUACCCUU